AUGAGGCUAUUCGCUGAAGGAAUUUCUACAACUUUCGACAGCAGCGAUGCUUUGGAGCCGAAAGAAAUGCGGUGUUUUCUGCAGGAAUCACCUUUCAACAAGAAUCUUUACUUGGAUAGAAGUACUCUUUUAAAAUAUGGACUCGCUAUGGAUGUAGUUUCUCCCCACUCGACAAGAUCCGCCUGUUUCACUAAGUCGUAUGGCAGCUACAUUACGGGAUGUGGAUCGUACUUCUGUUCUAGGCCUGACUUGGUGGACGGUCACCGACUCACUGCAGAGGCUCUUGCUGAUGAAGAAGCUUUGCAUGACGUUGUGCGCCUGUUCUCUCCUAGAGAAGUUGCCAACCUGAUGUGCUUUCCAAUAGAAUUCAAGAGACCUCCCGAUGUCACAGAUAAGCAGUUGUAUCGAUGUCUGGGGAAUUCAGUCAAUGUUCGUGUAGUGACGGCUCUUUUGAGGAAACUACUGCAUGAUUUUGUUUAA